AAAUGCCCUAGAUGCCAGAAUUACGAAAUAAUCAAAAUCAGGUCCUACGAAUAGCCGAAAUAUUGGGGGAAAAGUCAUGCCGAUGUCAGGGACAAUUAACACAGCUUAACGUCCUAAGUCAGCUGUUAACAUUGACAAGUUCAAAUUGUGUAAAUCCAAUAUAAAAAUUGCCUAAACUAAUAUUUGUGGGAACGGACUUCAAGAUUUGCAGUCAUGUGCCAACUUUUUUUGUUCUGAUUAUAGAUUCUCAUUAACACUAUUACUUUAUUUAAAAUUUUGUUCCAUGAAAGUUCAUUUUCUUGUAAGUAACCUUUCCAUAAACACCACAAAUAACGAUGAACUUUCAAUGAAUAUUUAAUGUCAUAAAAUGCACAAAAUUAUUCCUUUAAAAUUUAAAAGAAACAAAAACAUUUUUUUGUUACAUCCAAAAUAUUAAAAUGUGGAAAGAAUUUGAACAACGAACAAUGUAAAAAAAUGAUGUUAUAGCUAAAAAUAAGGUCAAAGAUCGCUUCUGAGUUUCCACUGAGGUGAUGAGGAGUGUCGAUCGAGGCAUGGUAUUGGGAAUCAGGCUUUAGUGAUUUUUUUACCAAACUUUAUAAUGUUAAACUAUUUGUUUUUGAAAUCUUAUCAUUAAGAAAACAAUGAGAUAUUCCUUGUAUUUAUCGUUGCUAUGGUUACCCUCUUCCUUUUCAUUCUGGUGGUGGUCUACUAAUGAUGAGGAUUUAAAUGAUAACUAUCAGCACUCAUCAGAUGCUGUGAAGGAGGACACAGCUGUGGCUAACAUGUUCGCACCGUUUGAGAUAUCAGUGGGAGAGCAAAAGUUUUUAUCUGAAGCAAAUCAUUUUCUUCAAAAUUUACCGAUGCUUGAUCAGUGUAAUUUAUUGAUUAUCAACCGUAUCAAAACAUCGUGUCAAAAUUUGAAUGAUGAAGAGUUAUCUAAACUCAGCGUAAACUUAUUAAACUGUCAAAGUGCAGUGGAAGGAAGGCCGCUGUACAAAUGCACUGACACCAUGAAAUUAGCUGAUUGUACACAAGGAAUGGAUUCAGACACUUGGAAUUCUUACCAUAUCAUCAGUAACAGAGCUCGCGCCAUCUGCUACAGCGUUCGCCAAACUGAAUUUCGAAUGAAAACGGAAAUGACUGUGAAUAAUUUAGCAUCAGCAACUUUAGAGAAUGUAAACGUGUUAAAAAAUCUCGCAUCUGAUCAAAAAAAACUUCAAGAAGUUACAGACGAUGCUCUUAAUAUGAUAACAAAAAACCAAGAUCAGUUGCUUGCUAAACAAGAAGACUUCAAGGAGAAACAGAAUCUUCUCAAUGGUGCUCUCCACGACAAUAUGAACACUUUGUUAAAAGAGAAAAGAGUGAUUGCGCACAGACACAAACAAGUGGAAGAAUAUACUCACAUGAUUAACUAUCAGUUGGCCUCUUUAGUAAAAGAAAUCAAAACACAUGAAAUGUUCAAGAAGAAAAGUGAAAAGGAAAUUUUAAAAGGUUUGGAUACAGUUAAAUUGAAAGCUGACGAAGUCUUGAAGAAAUUAGAGUUUGCGUUUGAUGAUUUGGAUGUUUACCAUGAAAAUCUUGAAGUGAAGCAAAACAAAACGUUAAAAAAUCUAGAAGAAAUACAAGAAACCAUAUCAUUUAUGAAUGAUGUACUGACAAAAUUAUACUCAUCCGUUCAUGAGCAGUUACCCUGGCUUCACGAAAUGUUCGGCGGAACUUUGGACAAACUAGCAUUGGUCACCCUCAUUACGGGACAUGCUUUAUUUUUUUUCACUGCGUUCAUGGCAAUAAUCUUUGUGAAUGCACCAAGUUUGACCAGGGUUUUUAUGUUACUCGUUAUUCCUAUCAAUUGUAUGUCUGCUAUGCAAAAUCUCCACCACCUUACCUAUGUACAACUGUCAUGGUUUCUAGCUUUAACGAUUCCAGUGGAUUUUGCGGCCAAGAAAAUGAUUAGGCUGGUGGAAAAUAUUCGUGCAUCUAAAGAUGUUGUCGUGCUGAAAGAUCAUGAAUUAUACCCAGAACCACCCAUGUUAACACGCUGUACCGUGAGCAGAGAUCUAACACCACAGCUCCAAGAAAAAAGCUUUGACUUCCUCAACUUAUCUCCAGUUAAACAAGUCCUCACUGAAGAAAAGCAAUUAAUGUCAAAUGCUACUUCUCAGCCAACCACUAAAUUUAUAGAACGCGCAAAUGACCAAAACAUAGAAUCGAACAAUAUUUCAACACCCAAAGGAAAACGUAAAUCUUUUCCCAUGACCCCAUCGCCAGGGCUAAACAAUACAAUUGGUGGUUCGAUAAAAUGCACUGCGUUUACUCGUACUGGUACUAGAUGCAGAAAUUCAGCCAUGUGCUUGGAGAAGACUUGCAGAGUUCACACACCACAAAAGUAGUUAGCAGCUUUCGAAGUUAUUUUUUAAAUUACUUUUUGUUACGCCCACUAACCUUAUCCAACACAAAAAACUUUAAUAAAACCCCACCCUGGUUUGUGUAUUUAAGAUUUUAUUUAAAAUAACAAACUACAAGGGAAUAAGGUUGUAAAGUAAGAAUAUAACUGAGAAAGC